AUGCGGCCAGAAGGCCCUGCGCCAGGACAAGUUCAGCAGAAUCAACCAGAGCCUCAGCCUGCUCCACAACAAGCUGCCCCACAUGAUCACCCUAUGGCAAUUCUGCCUGAACAGCCAGCAGUAUUACCCUACAGGCCCAGAAGGAUGGAUCCCAAUCCAUUCCCCCCACCUGCAAGAGGAAGGAGAGGCUGA